AUGCACGAGGCGAUCGAUUCGGGCCCAGAUGAAAAUGGAGUCGAGCAGCUGGUAAAAUAUUACUCAGAGAAUUACAAGGAGGGAGUCGAAAUCUUCGUGUUCGGGUUUAGUCGUGGGACCUAUUCAGCUCGCAGUUUAGUCUCGAUGUUGCAUGAAGUCGGCGGGGUGUUGAAGAAACCGGCAGAUGGCUACGUAACCAAGGCCUCCGUGGAAGAAGCUUUCAAAUUGUACCGCAAUGAUAUGAAGCCCUGUCAUCCAGUGAUGAAAGCAUUUGCUAAAAAUUGUUAUCCCGUGCGCGUAAAGUUGGUGGGCAUGUGGGAUACGGUGGGAGUGCUCGGAGUCCCCGAUUCAGCAUUUAAAAGCAAUACCUGGUAUGCACCAGUGUUAAAUCUUAUAAGCAACACUCCGCUGUCCAGGAAAAACUACAUAUUCCACGAUCAGGAUCUAUCUUGCAUCGUCGACGAAGCCUACCAAGCUUUGGCAAUCGACGAAUAUCGUGAAGACUUCGAUCCGACACUCAGGGGUAAAAUGACGCCAGAGAACAAAAAGUUGGAGCAAUGCUGGUUCGUCGAUAGCCAUAGCAACUGCGGAGGCGGGAUAGUAGGGGACGACCUGCGGCAGUUGUCCUACGAAUGGAUGCAAGACAAGGCCAUAGCGAAUGGCUCACGUUACAAGUGGACCUACAAGGCCAGUGAACAGCGGCCACAUUGGCGCACAGAAUUGGAGGAUUCUUUCAGAAACAAGCUCGGGGGUGCGUAUGCAUGGAUUAAAGAGAAGGAGCACUCUCGUGUCAUCGGUCAAUCUGUCGGGGAAUUGCAGCACUGGUCUGUCAAGCUCCGACCGCAGAAUAAUUCAAAAUACAGUCCAAAGGGCCUUGGGACUGUGGAUGACAGUUCUGGCGAAAUGAAGCAGUUUCGUAGUGACAUUCCAUACACAAAACCGCCAGUGGUACUAUGUUCUUUCAAUGAGGACUCUAUUUUCACUUCAUACUCCGCUGAAAGAUCGUCCUCCGGCUGUAAUGGCGAGAAAAAGACCUCGUGA